CAGUAAAUAUACAAUUUAUGGGAGUGCCGGGUAAGCUGUGUGUCGUGUCGUUUGGCGUAAACAACGUUUGCAUGUUACUGUGAGCACGCACGGCAUUAUUAGUGCGCAACGAAUAACCUUUCGCCCCAAUUCAUCUCAGUUUGCCAGCAGGUGUCAUGCACUAUAGUUCCGCUAGCAACACAAAAUGAUGCCCACUCCAUAUGUUCAGUGUAAAGCCUGUAGCGCGGCUUGCCUACAUCCCAUUGUGUUUAUUUCUACAUCACUCUAGCCAACACACUGGACAAUAUUAUGCUAUAGCGUAGCUUACUCUACAGACAACUUGUGACGCAUUGGGUAUGUGGCCUACCCCACCUAAUCUCUUUAAAUUGCCCCACUGGAAACUGCUGCUUAUAUUAUCUUGACAGCACGAAACUAUCAUAGUCAUUUUAUAAGUGUCUGAUUUCUGGUAACGGCAAAAACCAGUGGGGUGAGUCAGAGCAGAGAGGACGUCGGACCACUUCCUGGUUUUAUUCUGGUGUCUCAUGCGAAGGCCCGCCCCUAGACCGGAGCCGUCGCGACGAGAGCCGACGGCAGUGCACUAGCACAGAGUACUGCAACAGCUGCGUGUCGGUGCAGCCUUGGUCUGUGGAUGAGCGCUUUGUCACGCACUGCCCUGUCCUGUGCAAGUUGACGCGGAUUUCCCGACACUCGAAAUACCCAUGGUCAGACAGGACUGCCGCCUCGACGACAACAUUAAGGGGGAAAGGAGACGCUUACCAUUGUGCAGGUUUUUGGACAACGCUUGAGCCGUUGCCAUGGACAAUACACUGCACCUUCUAAGGAAGCCAGCAGACACUACUGAUAAAGUUAUGGAGCCCACACUGAACCUGACCAUGGGUGACGCCGAGUUUACAGAGCAACAGAUGGUACUGGCUGACAAGAUACCUUUAGUAAAACCCUGUUUUAAAAAGAAGCCGAUGAAAUUGGACGCGAAUUGCCUUCGGACUCUAGGAGAUCCCAUUUUGACUACAUUAUUGAGUGCGGAUGCACUUGUAGCAGGAGACGGGAUGUUUGUUCCCAGAAACCCAACGAGGACACAGAGGAAUCUAUGUACAGCUGCGGUGGUGAAGCAAACAAGGGUCGACCAGGUGUGCUUGAAGGACGAGGGCACCGUAACUGGACUGAUGAGCAACACAGAAGACACGGAAGUGGCGGACACAUCAGCCGAUGUUCGAGAAGGGGGACAGAAGGUGACUGAUAUUCAGGGGGUGACAAUGGACACUAAUGAGCACGGCUUCCCGCCCCAGGCACGCGACGUGACGGCGCCCACCACCGUUUCCCCGUGCGAGGGGCAAAAGAUGAAUGACAUCUAUACCUCGGAGUCCUUGCAGGGUGCAAAUUGCCUCACCAUCAAAGACGGCUCACUGCAGGGCGAGAUCUUUAUGGAUAAAAGCGAAGAAGCCUCUUUGGAUUUAGUCUUUGAACUCCUGACCCAGCUGCAGUACCACACACAUCAAGGCGACGGGGUAUCGAUUUGCGUGGAUUUCCUCCAGGGAGUCUGUGUCUAUGGCAGCGAUUGUGCACAACACCACACCGUGUUACCCUACCACUGGCAAAUUCGCAGAGCCGAUACGAAAAUUUGGCAAAGCAUAUCUGAUGAUUCGCAAGAACAGUUGGAAAGGCUUUAUUGCAAUCCGGACAAUGUACAAGUCAGACUGAAGUUUAUGAGCCGGGUGUUCACACUAGACUUCAGCGUGAUGAGAGUGGGUGACCCUGAGUUCGAUCAGGUCAGACGUCUCUCCACGCCCUCCAGCCCGGUGACCACCCCCCUCACCAACAGCCCCACCCCCAGCUGCCUCACCGUCUGGAAGUACUACUGCAGAGACAACUUCGGCUGGAGAGAGUAUUCGGAGCCAGUGGUGCGUCUGAUCGAGGAGGCGAGUGGCCGGGGGCUGAAGGAGGUGCGGUUCAUCACGUUGCAGAAUCAGUACAUCCUCAACAUCCGCGAGGGCUUCCAGCAAAAUGCUGUUUUCGGCUUCCGCCGGCAGAUCAAGAAGCGCCCGCUCUUCCUCUCUAUUGUCAUGCUCACGCCUUACCUGCAGACUCUUGGUGGCCUGUCGUCUAUGGAGAUGUCGACGUCCCUCCCGCUGUCUCCCACCUCUGUCGUCCCGCCCAAAGUUUUCCCUGAGACGUGGUUACCUAUGAGCCCCAGCCUGGACUUCCUACAGGUGCCCGUCUCCCGUGAAGACCGCAGCUACCGCACCGUCUACACCCUCUUCCACAAGACCGUGUCCGAGACCAGGUUCCGCAUCCUUAAGAUCCUCCGUGUGCAGAACCCUUUCCUCUGGGAGAAAUACAAGAGGAAGAAGGAGUACAUGUCCCGGCGCAUGUCGGAGAUGGACCGCAUGCUCAACGAGCGACACCUCUUCCAUGGCACCUCGGCCGAUGUGGUGGAGGGCAUCUGCAAGCACAACUUUGACCCGCGCGUCUGCGGCAAGCACGCCACCAUGUUCGGCCAGGGCAGUUACUUCGCCCGCAAGGCCGUCUACUCGCACAACUUUGCCAAGCGCUCGCCCAAGGGCAAGCACUACAUGUUCCUGGCCAAGGUGCUGACGGGCAAGUUCACGGUGGGCAACCCGUCCAUGCGCCGGCCUCCCCCGCUCAACCCGCGCGACCCUUCCAGCGACCUGUUUGACUCGUGCACGGACAACUGGAUGGACCCGCAGAUCUUUGUCAUUUUUAAUGAUGACCAGAGCUACCCCUACUUCAUCAUUCAGUAUGAGGAGGUGUCCAACACUGUGGCCAUCUGAGCAACCCUGCUUGAGCCGGCCUGCCUGCUUCAGGCAUAGGGGACUGUGGAGUAGGAGGCCAAGGGGACUGUCUGGACAGAGGCAGAGGACAGAGGGCAGCAAGAGGGACAAGAGACUUGCAAAUCCCAGCUCCAUGCCCUACACGCUCUCUUAAUUUCACAGUUCAGAGGUGUGUGUGUGUGUGUGUGUGUGUGUGUGUGUGUGUGUGUGUGUGUGUGUGUGUGUGUGUGUGUGUGUGUGUGUGUGUGUGUGUGUGUGUGUGUGUGUGUAUAUGUGUGUGCGUCUGUGCGCGUGUAAAACCUUCUCAUCACAGCUUCCACGCUCUAGCUGGAUACAGGGGUGCGUGACUGUGUUUAACCAAUAAGCCAAUGACUGUACAGAUAAGAGCACAACUUUGAUCAGUCAUAGCCGUGAUAUCAGCUAUCAGUGUCCUAAAGCUUGCUGCAGUUAUUUCAGCCAAACCUAGUGCCUGUCCAUACAAUGCCAUGCCUACCAUGCCACGCUCCGUGAGGUACAACAAUAAAAUAAUCAGCAAUAACACAGUAAAGAGAAGUAGUAGUGACAUGAAGUACAGUACUUCCCAUAGCAGACAGUAGAUAUUACACUACACACUGGCUCCCUUUACAUCUGUCAGAACAUUCUAUCUCACUGAUCUGAUCUUGAUGGGUUGGUCCUCCACAGUAUCCAUUUGAAUGCCUUUGAUCACUCAAAUGAUGCUACGAGGUGGUCAGGGAUGGGUGUUGAUCACAUUGAAGCUACAUACUAAUGUGAAUGAUCAAAAGUACAUCUGCCAACAAAAAAGAAGAAAGACAACAUGUGCAUUGCCUGAUGACUUAUCGCCUUUUUCUAAUACUUGACUGCAUAACUAUAUAUUAUGUACACUAACAGCAAUUGAUGAUCAAUUGAUUAGUACCACACCAAGUUACAUGGAGUUCAGAAUGGCAUGUUAAUAUAAGGUGUAAAGGGGGCACUGGCCCAAAUCUUUAGCCACUUUUCUGACCAUCAAGCUGACCAUAUCAGAAAGCUUCAUAGUGGGAAGGCCAGUGGAUUUACAGUCUGGGACAGCUUGUAAAUAUUAAGCUCAGCAAAGCAAACUUAAGCUAUUCCACGCUAACCUGGAGGAUAGUUUAUCUAACAGUGCUAGCAACAGCUAUCUCAUGCUCAGCUUUGUUAUGUAGAUUCUGAGCUUGCUACAAACGUACAGUUGUCACUGUGAGUUAUUUUGCUCUUCUCUGCAGGGUAGGGAAGGCAACCUUAUGUGCUGUGCAUCAAAUCUAGUAUACCAGUUUAUUUCUUCUCAGCAGAAUAAGUUGUCUGUAAAGCUGAUAGCUUUCUGGCUGAUGCUGGCUGUCCAUUGGCUUGAGAUAUUGGUUGAACACAUUAGAGUGAAUGAGUGUGUAUGAGGAUGAAUGUAAAGCCCACCCCAUCCAUUCGAAGGCCUCAGUGUGCUGCUGUUCAUCAGUGACUUUAGGCUGUGUGAAAAUCUGUGUCUUGUAAGUGGCCAGGACUGUGUGUGUGUAUGUGGUUGUUUGUGUGAGACUGUCAGUGCAGCAGACAUUUUGAACCCUUCGGUGGCUGUCCUAGUUAGGACUGGACCCUGUUGUGGCUGUGAAGUUUUUGUUUUUCCUUAAAAGCAAAAGAUAAAAAGACUUACCUCUCUUUUUCAUCCCAUUGUCCACAUACGCUUUCCACAUUUUGUGACAGAAAUUGUACAUAUGUUCCCCUUGUUUAUAUUUCAACUGUGUGCCUUUUGUUCAUAGAUAAAAUGUUUAUUUAUGUUAGUUAAUGUUACAUUGAAUAAAUAAAGAUGUAAAGAGAA